AUGGAAAAAAAUAAAGAGAAAGAAAGUAACCCUAUUCAAGGUAAAGACACAGAAAUGUUAAAUUGUUUGAUGCAAAAAUUAACUUCUAAAAAUUUUUUAGAAGAAAAGGAAGGAAAAAAUCGAUUUUAUUUAGUAGAAAACAAAGAUGUAAAAAUAAAAAAAUUAAAAGAACAUGGGCAUUCAGCAUCCUUAAAUGAUAAUUUAAGUCCAUUACAAUAUGAAAGGAUAAAAUAUAAACCCACUUUACCUAAAGCCUUAGCAAGUGAAUAUCAAAUAUUAGAUGAGGAUUUUGGAGAUGAAUUUAUAAAUAAAAAAGAUUAUGAAGAAAUUAAAAAAUUCUUUAAAAGUAUAGAUAAUUUACCAAUGAUAAAUGUAAAAGAAACAAAUAACAAUGAAUUAUUUAAAGGUGGAAAUGUAUUAAAAAUUGGUAUUAUAUUAUCGGGGGGGCCAGCGCCAGGUGGUCAUAACGUUAUAUCAGGUAUUUAUGAUUAUGCAAAAAGAUAUAAUGAAGAAUCUCAAGUUAUUGGAUUUUUAGGAGGUAUAGAUGGUUUAUAUAGUAAAAAUUAUGUAACAAUAACAGAUAAUUUAAUGAACAAAUUUAGAAAUUUAGGUGGUUUUAAUAUGUUAUGGUCCGGUAGAGGUAAAGUUCGAAAUAAGGAUGAUUUACUAGCUAUUGAAAAUAUUGUUUUAAAAUUAAAAUUAAAUGGUUUAGUAAUUAUAGGAGGUGAUGGUUCAAAUAGUAAUGCAGCAUUAAUUGCAGAAUAUCUUAAAGAAAGAAAUAUUCCUAUUUCAGUUAUAGGUGUUCCCAAAACAAUUGAUGGUGAUUUAAAAAGUGAAUCUAUUGAAAUAAGUUUUGGAUUUGAUACAGCAACUAGAACCUAUUCAGAAAUAAUAGGAAAUUUAUGUACAGAUGUAAAAACAGGAAAUAAUGUUUAUCAUGUUGUUAGGGUUAUGGGUCGAUCUGCUUCACAUGUUGUGUUAGAAUGUGCAUUACAAACAAGACCAAAUAUUGUGUUAAUUGGUGAAGAAGUUGAAAAAGAUAAAGUACCAUUGAAAUCUAUUAUAAAUAAUAUUGUUAAUAUUAUAUUAAAACGACAUGAUUUAAAUAAAAAUUAUGGUGUUAUUUUGUUACCAGAAGGGUUAAUAGAAUUUAUACCAGAAAUAAAAAUAUUAAUAGAGGAAUUAAAUGUUAUUUUAAAAACAUCGAAUCCAUCUGAACCAUUUGAUGCAUCUAAGUUAAAAGAAUCUAAAGAUCUUUGGAAUUUUUUACCACAAAUAAUUAAGGAUCAAUUAUUAUUAGAUAGAGAAUCAACUGGUUAUAUACAAGUUGGAAAAGUAGCAACUGAAAGAUUAAUAAUAAAUUUAGUCGAAUCUGAAUUAGCUAAAUUAAAAAAUGUUAAUUUAAAUAUACAUUUUAUGGCUCAUUAUUUAGGAUAUGAAGGUAGAUGUGCAUUACCAUCAAAUUUUGAUUGCAACUAUUGUUAUUCGUUAGGAUAUAAUGCUGCAUUAUUAAUUGAUCAUAAAAAAACUGGUUAUAUGUCAAUAAUACGAAAUCUAAAAAAUUCAUAUGAAGAUUGGAUACCUGCUGGUAUUCCAUUUUUAAGAAUAAUGCAUGUAUGUAAAGACAAUUUUGGAAAAGAAUAUCCUGCCGUAAAAAAAUAUUUAGUAGAUUUAAAUAGUCCAUUAUUUAACGUUUUAACACAAGUUCGAAAAUUAUGGUCUUUAUACGAUUUAUAUAGAUCCCCUGGGCCAAUACAAUUUAAUGGCUAUUUAAGCAAUUCAAGAUGUUAUACUGUUAAGAUACCUGAAAAAGAUGAAUUAUUAUGUCAAAACUCUGACGAUUUAAAUAUAAUUAUUAAAUCAACAACUAAAGGAAGUAGUGAAAAAAAUGAGGAUAAUGUGGUUUCUGGAAGUUUAAACAAUGAAAAUAAAAAUAAUGAAAUACAACAUCAAUCAGGAUAUAAAUCUCUUGGCUGCAUGUCAGAGUUACAAACAUCACGUUUAUACAAUAAAUUAGAAUUACCCGAAUUAUGUUCAGAUUUAAAAGCAAAAGUGAGAGCAGGAAAACAAUAUAUAUCAAAUGAUCCAUAUACUCAAAAACAAAUAUUAUCAAAUUAUCCAAACAUGUCUUAUGAAAAUAAGUUUCAAAUUCAAGAAAUAUUUCAUGAUAAAUAUGCAACACCUAUAUCCUUUGAAAUAAAAAUAGGAAUUGUAUUUCUAUCGAGGCAGUCGCCAGGUGCUAUGAAUGUAUUAUGUGGCUUGUAUAGACGACUAAAAUUAUUAAAAGGUGUGUGCAUAGCAUUUUAUGGAUUAUAUGGAUUAUUAAGUAAUAAAUAUGUAAUAAUAAAUGAUGAAAAUAUAGCUAAACAUUUAAAUCAAGGAGGUUUAGAAUUAACAGGAAAUUCACCAGAACAUUCAUUAUUUGAUGAAGAGAAUAGAAAUAAAGUUUGUGAAACAGUAUCUAAGUUACAGUUGAAUGGCUUAGUAAUGCCGGGUUCAAAUGUGACAAUAACAGAAGCAGCAUUAUUAGCUGAAUACUUUUUAGAAAAAAAAAUUCAUACAUCUGUUGUUGGAAUACCAUUAACGGGUUCUAACAAUUUAAUUCAUGAAUUAAUUGAAACAUGUGUUGGUUUUGAUAGUAGUACUAAAGUUUAUGCAUCUUUAAUUGGUAAUGUCCUUACAGAUGCUGUUAGUAUGCCAAAGUAUUGGCAUUUUAUUCGAUUAAUGGGGCGCUCUCCAUCGCAUGAAGUGUUAGAAUGUGCAUUACAAACACACCCCAAUAUGGUGAUAAUAUCAGAAGAAUAUGGAGCAGCUGAUAAAACAUUAUGGAGAGUUGUUCAAGAUAUAGCUGAUGUAGUAUGUGCUAGAGCAGAACUAGGAAAAAAUUAUGGAACAGUUCUAAUUCCAGAUGCAUUAUUAAUGCAUCUACCACAUAUGAAAAUAUUAUUAACAGAAAUAAGUGAUAUAUUAAAUGAAGCAUCUGAAAAAGGAGAAUUAAUACAAGCAAGAAAUGAUUUAGUUAAUUUAUCAAAUGAAAAAAUUGAAAAAGAAUCACCAUGGAUAUCUAAAUUAACACCAUGGAGUUUGGCAUUGAUUAAGACAUUCCCACAAUUUAUAAUUAAAGAAUUAUUACAUGUUGAUUUAAGAUCUAUGCGUUUUGAAAAGUUAGAAACAGAACAAUUAUUAUUGCAAAUGGUUAAAGAAGAAUUACAUCAAAGAAAAGCGAAAGGAAAAUAUUCAGGAGUAUUUAUGGGAUUAACUCAUUUUUUUGGUUACCAAGGGCGUUCCUCAUUACCUUCCGAAUUUGAUUGUAAAUUAGCAUAUGCAUAUGGGCAUGCAGCUUCAAUUGUUAUAGAAAGUGGAUUAACUGGUUAUAUUGUAUCAAUUAGAGGUUUAUGUGGUAAUGUUAAUGAUUGGAAAUUAUUUGCAAUUCCAUUUAUUUCACUUAUGAAAAUAUUAUUAAGAGGUCAAGGAAGCAAAUCAUUAAAAAGUGCAUCUAAAGGGGACCUCCCAGUUAUUCCUAGUGCACCUGUUGAUUUAAAUGGAAAAGCCUAUAGAAGUUUAAAAAUUGCUUUACAAAAAUGGCAAAUGGAAGACAGUUCUUGUAAUCCUGGCCCCAUACAAUUUGAAGGGAAUGCAUCUAAUUAUUACAGUAGGACAUUAUUUGAAGAACAAUCUGAAUAUUUUGAAAUGUUAAGAUAUGUAGAAUGUUAUGCAAAUAUAUUAAAAGAUACAUGUCGAUUUGGUGUAUCUGCUGACUAUUUAAAAAAUGUAUUUGUUCAAUUAUCUGGUAUGCUUGUUUUAGCAUAUAAACCAAAUGACAUAAUGCAAAACAUGCCUUCUAUAGGAAGUAUUGAGGAUUACUAUGAUUGGGAAAAUCAAAGAAAAACUGAUAAAUAA